UGGGCAAAACACACACCUCACAUCUCCGAAGACCUUUGUCGAAGAAACACAUCUCUCGUUUGUCAUUGGUUGUGUGUCUCUUAUGGAAUAAAUUGUUUAGUUUUUAUUUUGUACAAAAAAAAAAGUUUAAUCUUCUUCAUCAGUUACAAUUUCGUAUUUAGUGAAACAAAAAGUGUGCGUUGUUUUCGGUAUUUUUUUUAAUUAUUUAUUUAUUUUCUUUGAUUUGCUCGUGCAAUAUGAGAAAAUUGAUUUUCGAAUGGCUAAUUGAAUUAAAGGAAUUUAUUGUGCCUUUUAUUGUGAAACUGAGAUAAAAGAUUGUUUUUCUUUCGUCAGUUUUGAAGAUGUAGACAAUAAACAGACGAUGAUGAUGAUGAUGAUGAUAAUGUUUUGUGUGUUAAAUUGAUUGGAAAAGACAUUCAAUAUUUAAACCAAAAAUCAAUUUAUCAAAUUGAGAACAGUGAUGCUUAGUUAGAGAAUUGAGCAGUGAACAAUUUUAAUUCUAAGAAUUAUUAAAUGAUCGAAUGACUCUCAAUGGCUAAUGGUUAAAAAUCAAUAAAAAAAAAUCAAAUUUACUUAGACGAGCAAAAAGGAUCGACUCUUGAUCGAUUUAAACCGCGAACGGAUCAUCAAAGAAUUUCAAAAUCCAGAAUUUAACCAUAAACAAAGUGAUUACACACAAACACGGGGGACUUUAAACAAUUGAUUGUUAUUGAUUUACGAGAAAUAUAUUUACGCAAAAAACAGUGUCCACAACUACCCAGCCCCGAGGUCUAGCCGUACGAUUCCGCAAAAGGAUUGCUCGCACGUUUUUUUUUUAUUUCCAUCCGGAUCAUCAUUCGUACUAUUGUUUUCAGACGAACAACUUCGACAGUAUGCUCAAGUCAAGGUCGAAUCCACUUUUAGUGACCGCCGAACGACGAUCGUCAACCAAUUCCGAGUCCUCAAUUGAGCCAAUGGACAUAAGCGCCAAGACGGUCAGCACCGAUGCAAAUUCGUCAAUGACCAUCAAGAGUAGCGAUCAAAAUGAUUCCGAUAACAUUAAUUCGGAUCACGAAGAGGGUGACUUCCGGCAGAACAUUGUUUUGCGAGGAAAUUUACGGCACAUCGAAGACAGUGUGUUCCGUAACCAUUAUCGGCUCAAUUUACCCAACAAAAAUAACAACAACCAUUUCCACAAAAUGGACAAAUCGCCGUUACGAGCCAAUAUAUCCGAAAGCUUUUCGGACACAAACGAUAACAUGCACUCCAGUCCCGAAUCUACAUCGACCAACAAUCGAAAUGAUAAUCGAUACGCUUGCCCCAUCUGCGGUGUUAUGUCGGAUACACAGCACGAAUUUACCGAACAUAUUCGUGGUCACAAUAGCAUGGACGAUGCUCAGAAUUUUACUUGUCAAAUUUGUCAUAAGGUUCUAUCGUCAUCUUCGUCGCUGGAUCGACAUACACUGGUUCAUACCGGCGAACGUCCGUUCACCUGCAAAUAUUGCUUCGUAACAUUCACAACAAACGGAAAUAUGCAUCGACAUAUGCGCACUCACCGACAACGGGAAGGAGACAACUACGAAAGUGACGGAUCCUCAGAUUCGAGCAUCGGCAGCACGAACAAUAACUACAGCAAUGACGGAAAACGUAAAAUUAUCGACGAUGACGGCACCAGCAUGAAGCGUAGACUGAAAACUAUAAACAACAAUAACAUUGUCAAAAGACAGGCACCCAGACACUGUUGUCCGGUGUGCGUGCGCAGUGACUUUUCAACGAUACUAAGUCUGGAGAACCACAUGGACCGAGAACAUCCCAGCAUUCCGGCGAAAUGCCUUUACUGUGAAGUCGUAUUCAAAAGCCACAAAGCGUUGAACGUUCAUCAGUGUGGUGUGUCCAAUAAGAACAAUCAUUUGGUCACUCAUGGCUUCAAGGACCUUACAUUUGUCGACUUUUCCAGCGACAAAUUUCCUUUAAUCGCUAAAUCCAUGUGUGAACAGAGUGUGCGUGCGCCGAUCAGUAACCAAAAGUACGAGUGUCCCACGUGCAAUCGAGCAUUUCCGUGUGCAAGUGCCGUUGAGAUACACAAAAAGAAUUGCCGAUCGCUGGACGCACCGCAAGAUUUUUCAAUACGAAAACGUGAACCGAGCGAAACUUCCGAUGAAGAUGCCAAACGUGACGACUUCUUCGCUCAUCUCGACCUUCAAAAUAAGUCCACACCACAGAGUGCUUCAUUCAACAUAACCGAUUCCGAGUCAAAUAAAUCUCUCAAUCAGUCAGACGCCAAAUUGGAGAAGAAGAUUUCGUUGCCGUACGACACCAAAGACCUAGCAGACAUCCAGUCAAUCAUAAAUGUUACCUCGUCUGGAGGAGGAUUUUUGAAACAACUGGACAAAUCCGUGCCGAAAGAUUUGCCGUACGGUCGUGAUGAAGAGGAGGCUCAAGAUGCAUUCACCGCAGAAUUUCGUAAGAUGAAACUUCGCGGUGAAUUUCCGUGCAAAUUAUGCAUGGCCGUGUUCCCGAAUCUACGCGCGUUGAAAGGUCACAAUCGCAUUCAUCUCAGCUCGGCUGGCUCUGGACCGUAUAGAUGCAACAUGUGUCCGUUUUCCAUCCACGACAAGGCGGCCCUUAUUAGACAUAUGCGAACACAUAACGGUGAUCGACCGUAUGAGUGUGGCCUGUGCAAUUAUGCCUUUACGACCAAAGCCAAUUGUGAACGUCAUCUACGAAAUCGGCAUGGCAAAACGACUAGAGAUGACGUGAAACGAUCGAUUAUUUAUCACGCCUCCGAAGAUUCCAGUUGCGAUGACCCGGUAAAGAAGUUACAAAUGUACAAUGCUACGUACGACGAUGAUGAAGUUACUACCAAAGACCGUGCCUCACCCAUAUCAAAUUUAAAGGACAUCGUCAACGCUGAUACAGUUAAAAUCCAAGUGAAGAGCUUGGAUCAGCUGAUCAAACCCGCAAUUGAUGAUGCAGAUCUAGACAAAAGUGUUGACAAUUUUGCGGCGCAUCCACGACCAAUGGAUUUGUCAAUGGACGUCCUCGAUCUCAGUCGCAAAAGUCAUGACACUUCUGGUACAGAGGCCAUUAAGGAAGAAGAUGGCGAUGAUGACUUUGACGAUGACGAAGAAGAAGAGGUCUCCGCACCUAAAAUUGAUAUUUCAAUGUUCGAGAAAAACCAACAGCUUUUCAUGGCACAGCAGCAGUUUUUCAGUGAACAUUUUCCGAAAAUCGAUCCGGCUCACUACUUUCAACUGUCACAAUUUUACCGAAAUUUAAUGUUCCCGACCGCUGGAUUCCCGAUCCAUCCACUUUUCCUGCAGCAUUCAUUCAUGGCACAUAACAAUGAACUGAAAGACGUUCAUCCGAAAGACAGACCGAGACCACCAAUGUUCCAGUCAGGUUUGAUGGGACCUCAGAUUUUUCCACUACCACCCGGAUCGGGAGCAAACAUUUCGCCACAUACAAUGAGCCAAGCAAAAGAAUUACAGCAGCGAUCGUCCUCACCGUUACGAGAGCAUGUCGUAAAAAGUCCGCAAGUAGCGAAUCACAGUCCACAAAAUCAGCAGCAAUUACCUUCCAGUACUCAACAAACGAACCUAAUUCACAAUUCCGGUCCAGUUAAAAUGGUCAUCAAGAACGGUGUCCUGAUGCCGAAGCAGAAGCAGCGUCGCUAUCGCACGGAACGACCAUUCGCUUGUGAACAUUGCUCAGCCAGAUUCACAUUGAGAUCAAACAUGGAACGUCACAUUAAACAGCAACAUCCACAAUACUGGGCGCAAAGGCAACGUAACGGACACAACAUUAUACGGCGAGGUAGUGGUAGCAAUAAUUCAGGACAAAUUACUAUGGCAACAGCACAUCCGCAACAGUUACCGCCACAGGCAAUGAGUAAUCAAUUGAGCGCAAUAUCCGACCAAGUGAAAUACGCAAUUCUGGCGCAACAACUGAAGUGUCGCAGUGAAAAGCCAACCGAUUAUUUCAUGUCCAUGGACCCGAAUAUGCAAUCGAGAAACGAUUCGAAUAAUGGCAACAAUAACAACAACAACAACAACACACUUCCACCACAGCCAGAAGACGACGAAGAAUCGGAGUUAAUCAUCGACGAGGAUAGUGAACCGGAAGAUUUGUCCGCGGCCAAACGAGUCGCCAGCACCAUUUUGGAAGAAGCAACCCGAUUGAAAAAGUCACAGUCGGCCGUCGUUUCGGAAGUGAAAGAUUUUGACUUGAACAUUGCGUCGAAUCUGAUACCGAGAGAUGCUGUCAGUAAAUCGCAGAAAGAGGUCAAUGGAUCGAAGAGAGAAGAUGGCAACAUGGUGUCAGCUUCAAAAGAGACCAUGGGCAAAUUACAGUCGAUUGUAAAUGGACCCUCUCGAGAAGAAGGUGAUCUGGUCUCCGUAUCCAAAUUGGUUGAUAACGCCACAUCGAAUGCAAUGAGUUUUGGCAAUUACUUUCGACCGGACAUUGCAGUCAAUGAACAUAGCGAUGAGGAGGGACUGGUAGCGAGUGGCAGUGCCUCCGAAAGCAACAAUUCCGGAACGGAAGAUCCAAGUCCACAGAGUCAAAUCAAUAAGAAAAAGUCGGCUUAUAGCCUGGCUCCGAAUCGCGUUUCAUGUCCGUAUUGCCAACGAAUGUUUCCAUGGACCAGUUCUUUGCGACGGCACAUUUUGACGCAUACCGGACAAAAGCCGUUCAAGUGCUCACAUUGUCCGCUACUAUUUACUACCAAAAGCAACUGUGACCGUCACUUGCUGCGUAAACAUGGUAACGUUGAAUCGGCUACGUCUCUUUACGUUCCAAUCGAAGAUGUACCAGAACCAAAAAAGGAACCCGUCAAAGAUGAACGACAAGUUGUGGCUCCGGUUCAGCUAAACAUUCCGGUUUUGAAGCCAGUAGAACAAACUAUUCCGAGUAGCGUAAAUAGCUCAGACUUACCAUUCAAAUGUCAUUUAUGCGACGGUUCGUUUAGCGAUCGAAACGCCUGUUUGGAACACAUAAAGAAUCUGCACACUCAAGACUUUUCGUUGUUGAUGGCGAAAGGAGCUAUUGAUGCUGAUGCCGAACAGCAAAUAGCCUCCGCUGAGGACGAGGAAAAGAACGAAAAUCGUGGCAAAUAUCCGGACUAUGCGAAUCGUAAAGUGAUAUGCGCAUUUUGUAUGCGACGAUUUUGGUCGACCGAAGAUCUUCGACGACAUAUGCGAACGCACUCUGGCGAACGUCCAUUUCAAUGCAACAUUUGCAUGCGCAAAUUUACAUUGAAGCACAGCAUGCUUCGUCACCAGAAGAAGCACACCAACACGAAUCCAAUUGGUAACGGUAAUAGCGCUUCCGAUUUGUCCGACGACGAACAAUCCACCAGUAUGGUCGUGUCGAAUCCACUGUCCAGACUGCUGAAAAUUCCCGAUCUCAUUCCGAAAGAACUGACAUGGAAAUUGCAGAAUGAAUUGCGACGACCCGACGAAGAAUCGUCCGAAUUGAUUCAGAAUUUAUUGGGCAUCAGCGAUUCACGACUAUUGAAUCGAGUUUUUUUAUCGUCGGCAGAUGAGGCAGCAAAGCUGUUAGGAGUUGAGAAGUAAGUCUUGGAUCAGUUUGAUUUUUUCAUUUUAAUCUACUAUAAAACCGACGAGGAUGUCGGGGAGGAGUACGUGUGUGCGUUGUGUGUGUGUGUUUUUAAUUUAUAUUAGAAUGAACUUUGUAACGUGUAGAUUGACUUUAAACCUAGAAUAGUGAAAACAAGGAAGAAGUUGCAGAAGUAGAAAAGACAAUUGUAAAAUUCUAGUCAAAUAUUUAUACGAAGAAACGAAACAAAUUUCUAACCAAAUUGUUUUCCUUGUAUUAGUUUCAUGCGAAAUUUGCGACGAGAAAUUCCCGUGAAACUAAUACAAAGACAAUUAAAAUUUUAAUUUUAAAUUUACCGCAAACGAAAAUUGAAAUGAAAUUCGUCGACUUGUAUCAUUGACUGAAUCGCAUAAACCCUAGGUCCCCUAAUCUCUACGUAUUUUGCGUCCCAAUCAUUACUUGACCGCUGAAAGUAUUGUGCAAAUUGGUGAAUAAACGGUUUUCAACAAGCGAAUAAUAGUUUCGAAGAAUACCAUUUAUUGGUUGUGUGCUCAAGUUUCGUCGAUUCAGCAGCGAAUCUCUUUUGAUCAAGAAAAAGAAAAGUGAAAUUUUCCUAACGGAUGUUUUUUAACCGAAAUUUACCGGAAAAUUACCAAAUUUUACCGGAAACUUACCAAAUUUUACCGGAAAACAUUCCGGAAACUUACCAAAAUUUACCAAAAAAACUAUUAGCAACAUGUCGAUAAAUUUCGGUAAAUUUUGGGAAGUUUUUCUGUAAAUUUUUGGUAAAUUGAUGCCUCCUGAACAAAAACAAAUUGUUCCUCAGUGCAACGCAAAAUUGUUCGUCACUCAAAAACAGUUUGACAUCGAGUACCAAAAUCGUAAUUUUUGCAAAACUUACCCGACGUUAAUCUGAGCAAAUUGUUCGUUUCGCAGCUACAGCGACUCAGUUAGUGAUCAUUCAGAUGAAUAGUAACCAAAUUCAUUUUAAUGUUCAUAAGAAAUUACUUAGAAAGAGAAAAAUUUACCAAAAAAAAACAAAAAACAAAACAAAACCUAAAUCUAAAAAAUAUGUAAAAAGUGUGCCCUUGUAGUUGGUAAGUUUUAAAAUACCAAUAUGUGUCACUCCAAUCGGCAUGGCGGACCGGAUGAAAUUGUAGUCAUUAUUAUAUGUAUGCUUAUAUAACACGGAUAACUGCGUGUUCAUCACGUUUGAUCGAUUUACACUGUAUAAGCAUACAUAUGGUAAUGCAUAGACUGUCAUCCAUGUCUCUAUCGAUUAAUGGUGAAAAUUGUGAACUUAAAACUUAACGUAGAUGAAACAAAAACGAAAAUGGUGGCUUAUUUUGUGGUUUUUCUUUUUGUGCUUCAAUGCCACCUGUGUCAAGCCAUUUUAGUGUAAGUUUAAGCAUUUAUAAAUACAAAAAUGAAAAAAAGAAACGAAAAAAAAAAAUUAGGAAAAGAAAUAUUUACAAAAAAUCUAAAUACAAAAAACAAUUAAAAAUUGAGAGUUUGCCUUAUACAUACAAGCGCCUUUGUUUCUUAAAAUAAAAUUUAAUUAAAAAAAAUUAAUUAAUUUAUAAACCAAACUAUUUAACGAUCUAAGUGAAACAUGCAAAUUGAAAUCAAAAUUAGAUUAUAUCUUAUGCCUUAAUAUACCUAAUAUAUUACAAAAGCAAGAAGAAGAAAAGUCUUUACUAUAAAUAUGAAUAAACAAUUUUAGCAUUAAAUUAAAAAUUAAAAAAAUUUAAAUUAUAAAAAAUCGAUUUAGAAGCUACCAAAUAUUAAUUAAUUGAAAAAAGAAAAGAAAAUUAUCUUUAAACAAACCAAGAAAAAAAACAUUUUGUGACUUAUUCUCUGUACAAUUUUAAAAUAAAGGCCUUUAACCGGAUGUGGCUUAAUGUAGUUAAAAUUCAUAUAUUGCAAUGAAGAAAA